AUGUCAUAUUAAUAAAAAUUAAGUGGAAUUAAAUGUUGGGAUUCCUUUCGUGAUUUAACUUUGAAGAAAAUGGAAGUAAUUCCAUUUGCAAUAACUGAAUGUCCUGAUCUAUGCACUUGUCAAAUCUGUAUUAAAAAAUAGACAGAAAAAGAAGAACCAUAAGAAUAAAAGAGAUAUUAAAAAAUAAUUAAAUAACCAAGAUAAAGAAGAUUGUCUAUUUGUGGAUUUAAAGAUGAUUUAUUAACUAUAUGUCAAAUGCUAUAAAAGUAGGAUGAAGUUGUUAGGCCAAUAAAUAUUAAUAUAUUAGAUACUGUUAUUUUGAAAGAUAGGGAAUUUUAAUUAUAUGUAUUUUAUGAUAAUGGUUUCAGAUGUAUUAAAAACAAAUCAUUUUUUCAUACAGAAAUGGAAAAACAUUUUAUUGAAAGAAAAAUAGAAUUUGAAGUUGAAUAUUAAAUUAAAUAAAUCAAGGCUGGCAUACAUCCUACUAUCAAAUUAUCUGAUUAUUAUGAAAAUAGUAACUAAAUAAUUAAUAAAUUAAAAUAAGUAUUUUAUAUUUUUAAUCAUAGUAACUUUCUGAAUUAUUGAAUAAUUAAAAUAUUUUAAUGGCAAGAUAUCAGACAGGUGAAACAACAUUGAUUGGAAAAUUUGAAUUGCAUUAAUUAUCAGUUUUAUCAAAGACUAAUGUUAUAUUUGAUAACCUACUUCAUCUAUAAUUAUAUCUCUAUAAUGAAAAAUUAGCAUUAGAUUGUAUAGAGACAAAUAAAAGAAAUCCUAAAGAUUAUUUUAUCCAUAGAUAUAAAUAUUGUAAAGACAACUAGCUAUUUGGUGAUAUUGUAUGUGAAUAGUCAUAUCUAACAGAUCCAUCUCUUAGAGGAUAAAGGUAAUGGAAUAAAGAAAAAGAAUAUUCAGAAAAUUUAACUUUAAAAGAAUAUUUUAAAUAUACUUGCCAUAAAAUUGCUGUUUAUAUAUAAAGCUUUCAUAAAUAAUGUAUAAAUGAGAUGGAAGUACAUUUUAUUGUUAGUAUAACUAAAACUUAUCUAAGAUCACCCUAAAAAUAUAUCAAUUAUCAAUAUUAUUGGCUUAAAAAUGUCAAAAUCAGAAGAAACUUAAUGGGUUAUCAAAACUGGAAGAGUAUUAAGCACAGCAGAGAAGAUUUAAAUCAAUGAUGUUGAUUUAAAUGAAAAUAAUAAACCUUAAACUUAAAGAUCUUUAGUUGUUUCAUAAACUCUAAUACCUUAUACAUAAAAGUAUUAAUGAUUAUUUAUUAAUAAGAGUGAUAUAAAAGAUUAAGCCUAUUACUUCCUAAGUAAUCGAAAAUAAUAAGUAAGGUACAAGAACAUAAGAGGCUUUUAAAAUACUCAAUCCUGGAAUAAAUGAAUCAAUCAAUGAAAUAUUAGAAAAUCAGUAGUAUUAAAAAAUGAUAAGAAACUUUCCAAAAUAAUUAAAGAGAUAUUAAAGUAUGUAGAGAGAUUCAUCAAUCAAGACUAGAAUUGAAGAUUAACCUCUUACAACUAGUAGAGAAAUUUAAAAAGAUGAUUAUUUAAUGAAAGCUAGAUAAAAAAAGAAAAAAUAAACUAUUAACUCACCAUUUCUUAGAAGUGUUUCUAAAAGAUUUUUUACUAGAAGAAAUUCAGCUGAUUUUUGUUGA